AUGGCUCCAACCAACACCAGAGACCAAGACAACAGAGAUGUCGAGGUUCCCGUAGCCAUUGACUCGCAAGAUGGCAUUCCUCCGCAAAUACCCAUCCAGUCCGAUCUGCCCGAAAAUGAAGCCUCGUCGCAGAACGGGUCUGCAGAAAAAACGAGACGCCGGCGAAAAGCCAGCACGUUGAAGAGGGAUGUGCUCCCAGAGCAAGACCUCGACAAGGGCAUCGUCGGGUGGGAAGGACAAGAUGAUCCAGAGAAUCCGCGGAACUACACCCCAAUGCGAAAAUGGACUAUUCUUUCCCUCGUGAGCUCAAUGACACUGAUUAGCCCAUUUGCGUCUUCCGUUUUUGCGCCUGCUGUUCGCUUCGCCAACGUCGACUUUCACAACACUUCAACGAUAUUGGGCACUUUCGUUGUCUCGUCAUAUGUCCUUGGUUACGCGAUCGGCCCACUAUUCCUCUCCCCCCUCAGCGAGAUAUACGGUCGAAGGAUCAUCUUGACCAUUGCCUCGUUACAUUUCGUGGUGUGGCAAAUUGGCUGCGCAUUGGCGCCCAACAUCUCGUCCUUGAUCGUCUUCCGGGUGCUCACAGGCAUCGGGGGGUCUGCUUGCUUGACUAUCGGCGGUGGAACGAUAGCAGAUCUGUUCGAAAAGGAACAGCGUGGGCUGGCUAUGUCAAUCUUCUCUGCUGGUCCUCUGUUUGGGCCGGUCCUUGGUCCAAUUUGUGGAGGUUUCAUCGCGCAGGGGGCGGGAUGGAGAUGGGUCUUCUGGACUCUCUUGAUCGUCGCAGGUACAUGCACGGGGUUCAUACUCGUCUUCUACCGCGAAACCAACCACGCAGUCCUCAUCCGCCACAAGACCAACCGCCUUGCAAAAGAGCUGGAACGGGAGGACCUGACAAGUUGCUAUGACAAAACGUUGGGCAAACACUCUACAAGAACUCUCCUCGGGCGCAGCUUGUUUAGGCCUCUAAAACUGCUAUUUCUGUCCCCGGUCGUUGCCCUAUUGGCCAUCUACGUUGCGCUGAUAUACGGAUGCCUUUACUUGCUCUUCACAACAGUCACCACCGUCUUUGAGAAGACGUAUCACUGGAGUCCAGACUUGACUGGUCUCGCCUACAUUGGCUUGGGGCUGGGCCUGCUCUGUGGGCAGGCCCUGUUUGGCUUUACAAGCGACCGGAUCAUCGUCCGCCUCACGAACCUCAAUAACGGCGUCUACCAGCCCGAGAUGCGACUGACAAUGUGCCUGCUUUUUGCUUUCUUCGUGCCCAUAUCCUUCUUUUGGUAUGGGUGGUCGAUCAAGGCAAAGGUCCAUUGGAUCGUCCCCAUCAUCGGCCUGUUCCCGUUCGGAUUUGGCAUGAUCGGGAUCUUCACGUCCAUCCAAACGUACAUCAUCGACUCGUACUCCCAGUAUGCGGCUUCUGGAAUAGCUUCGGUGACGGUGACGAGAUCCUUUUUUGGGGCGUUUCUUCCACUCGCGGGGCCUUCACUGUAUCAGAGUCUCGGAUAUGGGUGGGGAAAUUCUAUGCUUGGGUUUAUUACUCUCGCUUUGAUUCCAGCACCAGUGCUCCUACGGCAAUACGGCGGUCUUCUGAGAGAACGUCACCCUGUAAAUUUAGAAUAG